CUGGAAGAAGCAAGAAAUUUGUAUAUCCACCUUUAUAAGUGGUACAACAUGCUAAACACGGUACAUAAGGUCCUUGUUCAUGGGUGUGAGAUAAUUGAUGCAUUUUAUACGAAUAAGGAUCUCAUGCGUGUUCUUUUACUUACUUCUGAUCCUUUUAUAUCCUCAAAAAGAAAGGUGAGCUCAAAAAAAUAUAAGAAAUGCAAAGAGGCAGUUCAGAACUAUUUAAAAAUGCAAGAAAAUGAUGAUUUAGGUAUUGACUUAGGUACAAUAACGAAUGACACAGCACCGAGCAAGAAAUCCUAUUCCGAUUAGAAUGAGUACAUUUGGUGUUAUUUUUUUUAAUAUAGUUUUAUUAUUAUUAUUAUUUCAUACAUUAC